UAUAAAAGGAGCAAGUAUACUCCGCUCUACAAUACAGUCUAUAAAGAGUUCAAAUACAGUUUAUAUACACUCUACACUGCAGCAAGCAGACAUGAAUCACUUGGUGUUUACCAGUGUUCUGGUCCUGGCAGUUGUAGCAGUGGCGGCCUCCGAGACCUUGAGUCCAGCUCGAGGCAGUGAGAAAUCACUAAGUUUAAUCCGUAUUAGCAGAGAUGUUGCACCAAUAGUCAACCAGAAACGAAAGAAUCCCAUUCACUCUGGAAUCCCUUUUUUCUUCAGUAACAGACCUUUUCAGAAACCCCGAGUUCGUUCAAAGGAAGGAUCUUUUAGCUUGACCCGUGAAAGACGUGCUCUAAAGCCUGAGCCUAAUGAAAAGCGCGAGAACCCCAUUCACUCUGGAAUCCCUUUUUUCUUCAGUAACAGACCUUUUCAGAAACCCCGAGUUCGUUCAAAGGAAGGAUCUUUGAGCUUGUCCCGUGAAAGACGUGCUCUGAAGCCUGAGCCUAAUGAAAAGCGCAAGAACCCCAUUCACUCUGGAAUCCCUUUUUUCUUCAGUAACAGACCUUUUCAGAAACCCCGCGUUCGCUCAAAGGAAGAAUCUUUAGAGUUAACUUUUGAAUAGUCCUAGCUGAUCUUAGAUGAUAGACAAGUACAAGAACUCAAAGCUUUCGUGAAUCCAUUUAAAACAAUAUUAUGAUCUUUUAAACAUCAAAGUUUGCACUAAGAAUAAGUGUUCAAGUUUGUUUCAGAUUGAUGUGAUCUAAAAGCUUUUAAAAGCUAAAUAAUCCCAUAGAUUCAUGAUUUUAAAAUAAGAGCUUUAUAGUGGAAACUAA